AUGAUUAGCGAAAAAACUAACUUUAAUAACGAGAACACAUUAUAUAAGGCAUCGCUGGCGGAGCCGAUCCUCAGGAGAUAUAACUGCGUUAAUGCAGUCAACGUUAGACUACUCACGAAGAUUACUGUCGCCGAUAUUACACAACAAAUGUCCGCACAUUUCGCUCUCGACCUCCACUUUGACGCCAAUCCUAAUCGUGUCGGAGAUGUUGUUGUCGUCACUUGUCUUAUUCUUGAUGUCUGGGUUUUUGGCGAGAUUUGGUGUAAGGGCUGGUUGGUUAUCGACGUGUGGAUGUGUACCGCAAGCAUCCUGAAUCUGUGCGCCAUUUCUAUUGAUCGGUAUUUAGCGGUCACUCGUCCGGUGCGAUACAGGAGUAUAAUGACAUCAAAAAGGGCUAAGAUAUUCAUCGCCUGUGUGUGGGUUCUGUCGUUUAUCAUAUGCUUUCCUCCGCUCGUCGGCUGGAACGACAAGAAGACACCAUUGAUUCAAUCAAACAAUAGAUUGGAUGUCGACUCGACUUCUCAUUUACUUUCACUCACCACUCAUUCAUAUCCGACAACAUUAAGCAAACAAAGUGAGCAAACGUUUACUUCUGUGCCCAGUCUUCACGAGGUGUUCAAUACGUCUUCCGUCGGCAUUAUCUCGAGUACGAGUCCAUCGAUAGACACUCUCAGCCAAAAUGAUAAUCAUUUAAUGAAUAGUUUGAGUGACUUUAUUAACAAAACAGACGACGAGUCGGCAUAUAAUGCGCGGGACUGUCAGCCCAGUCGUGGAAAGUGUGAUCUUUUUCAGGACAAGGGAUAUGUCAUAUAUUCAGCGCUCGGCUCCUUCUUUAUCCCGAUGUUUGUAAUGGUAUUCUUCUAUUGGCGUAUAUAUCUGGUCGCCAGUCGGACAUCCCGUGCACUCGCCAGGGGUUAUAAGACCACCAAAUGCAACGGUUCUCACGACGAGCGCCUCACUCUUCGUAUCCAUCGGGGAUACGGCGAUGACGUCCAGAGCGCCGCCGCAACCAAUACGUCCACUUACUUGUCAACACAUAACGAGAGCAACACAUUAAACACCACCAACUUUUCGGGUGCCGGCGGCGGACACAAGUCUCGCUCGUUUCGCCACAACAACACUCAUGAAAGUCAAGCGAGUGAUCAAAACCAGUCGACGUCCGCAUCCAAGUCGUCGUCGAGACGGGGCGGCGCUCACAGCAAAGACCAGCUGAAGCCGACCACCAUUACGGUGACCCCAAACAGCGGCGCCACCGGUGCCACGACCAGCGGUGGCGGCAAAAAACAAAUGCCAAUCACUUUGUAUCGCUCGUCGCGACUGACGGCCAGUCUCUCACCGAACAAUUGCGAACAAAACGGCCAAAACAGGCGAAUGUCUCCCAGCAAUCAGUCCACACUCAGUAUCCCCUCAUCCAGUAGUCCCUGUUCUUCGCGUGAGGGCAGCGCCAGGAGUGGCAAACUUGUGAUGACUCGGUUCAGCAAAAGGACGUCCAAAUAUCAGGCCAAACGAUUUCACGCCGAAACCAAAGCCGCCAAAACUGUUGGCAUUAUUGUCGGCGGAUUCAUACUCUGCUGGUUGCCAUUUUUCACCGUGUACUUAGCAAGGGCAUUCUGUGUUUCAAACGAUUGUAUACCCGAUCUACUAUUGUCUAUAUUCGUUUGGUUGGGUUAUUGUAAUUCAAUGAUCAAUCCGUGCAUUUACGGAUUGUUUAGUAAAGACUUUCGCCGAGCCUUUAGGAACAUACUGUGCAAAUGUAAAUUCAGGGAAGAGACAGUGAGUUCACUCAUACGACAGAUUCAUAUGCCCACCUUCUUUGAAGACAUGCCCGAAGACAUGGUUAAGACUGAAUCACAGGAAGACUGACACUCUUCGCUCUCUCCAGCCCUCCAUUUCUCACACUAUUAUAGACAACACUAUUCUUCCACUACUAUUACGCCGACGACGACGACGACCACUACUACUACUGUCUAACA